ACUAGGACAGCAUGAAUCAUCACAAUGUGAAUGAAGCUCACACAGAAGAGUCGUUUGGAAGUUCUAUCUUCAAGGUGGUGACAUGGCAGGUUUGAUGGAGAUCGUCAUCGCCCUCAUUGUCGGGUAUGGACUUUGGUACAUAGUUCCAGCCUUCUGGCGGUAUUACACCUUCUGUCGACUAAUCAAACCAUUUGCGUCGCAGACACAAAAGCCACAUUGGUUUUGGGGACACCUUAAACUAAUUAACCUAUCAAAAUCAGUCACGGCGUCAACUGCGACCUCUAUGGAAGGAGCCACAAACAAGAUGUCUGUCAUUUGGCUUUCCUUUAUACCCAACUUGAAUGCGAUUCAUCCAGAAACAGCAGCAACUAUCCUGAAUCUAUCGGAACCAAAACCAAAGGGCAGAGGAGAACCAUACAGCAUCUUUACCCCAUUUCUUGGUGAUGGCCUGGUAGUCAGUAGUGGCCCAAAAUGGGAACGAAACCGGAAGUUACUAACACAUGCUUUCCAUUUCGAUGUUUUAAAACCCUAUGUCAGCAUUUACAACAAGGCUGCAGACACUUUAUUGGACAAGUUUGCUGAACAGAUGAUACAGCGUCGUGAAAGUGUUGAAAUAAUGGAUUCUUUAAACUUGCUAACAUUGGAUGUGAUAUUGCGAUGCUCACUGUCUUAUGAUGGAGAUAUUCAGAAAUACGAAAACCAUCCUUAUGUGAAGGCUGUACACGAAAUCACAAGACUCUCUAUGGAGCGUCUCAGCAAACCAUGGUAUUUCAUAUUUUGGUCUCUCUACAUGAUGUCUGCAAACGGCAAGGAGUACAAGAAAAAUGUGAAUUUCAUCCAUAAAUUUGCUGAAGAAAUAAUCGUGAAAAGAAGAAAGGAAAUAGCAGAGGAUCCAUCAUUAAUCAAGAAAAAACGGAAGUUGGACUUCUUAGAUAUCUUAUUAACAGCUCAAGACGAAUCGGGAACCGGACUUUCAGAUGAGGAGAUCCUUGAUGAAGUCAGUACAUUUAUGUUUGCAGGACACGACACAACAAAGGCUUCAUUAGGAUGGGCUAUAUACAAUCUUGGCAAAUACCCAGAAGAACAGGAAAAACUAUUUCAAGAAGUGUGUGAAGUUACAGGGGAUCGGAGGAACAUAGACUGGGAAGAUCUUGGUAAACUACAGAAGAUGUCGAUGUUUUUGAAGGAGACAUUAAGGAUGUAUCCACCGGCAGGAUCAACUUCCCGAUCACUUACACAACCUCUAGAAAUAGAGGGAGUAACUUUACCUGCUGGAAAUGUGGUUGCCGUUAACAUUUUAGGCAUCCACUAUCGACCUGAUGUUUUUCCUAAUCCGACGGAAUUUCGUCCGGAACGUUUUCUUCCAGAAAAUUCUGAAAACAGGCAUCCUUUUGCUUUUCUAGCAUUCUCGGCUGGAGCAAGGAACUGUUUAGGAAAAAGUUUCACAAUGAACGAACAAAAAGUGGUAUUGGCAAAGUUGCUCAAACGGUUUAAGGUUGUACUGGAUGAAAGUCAUGACGUUACGCCAAUACCAUUGUUUAUUCUUCAACCGAAAGACGGCAUCAAAGUUAGUUUUGAGGAGCGAUGAUAUUGGGGAUUCCAGAAAAAAGUAGUCGUUCGGAUAACAUGUCCUAAAUCGCCUGGAACUGAUGGUGUAAAUUACAUAUAAUGACGAUCUAUAAGAUUAAUCAGUUGUAUAGACAAACUCCUCUUUGCACCUGUACAAUGUAUAAUCAUUUCAUGUUAUGUCAUUGACCUAUGUAAGUCGUCAACAAUUUGUAGAUAUUUACAUGACGAAUCAGGUGUAAAAAGAGAAAUUUGUACAUUUUUUCUAAUUAUCAACCAUAAUAAACGCAACUUCUAUUCAUAUUUC